GGGCCGGAGCCGGGCUGAGGCUUGGGUGCAGAGCUGGCGAGCUGCGGCUGGGGCCGCAGUAGGGAGCGCGGCGUGGAGGUGCCACCCGGCGCGGGUGGUGGAGAGAUCAGAACCCCCUUCCCCAACCCGAGCCAACCUCAGCGGGCACCGGGGCUUAGGGGCGCGGCGGCGGCGACUGCAGCGGCUGGACGAUGGCAGCGCCGGCCGGAGCCGGGGCGGUGAUUGCAGCCUCAGACAGUAGUCGCUGGCUGUGGUCGGUGCUGGCGGCGGCGCUCGGGCUCUUGACAGCUGGAGUAUCAGCCUUGGAAGUGUAUACACCAAAAGAAAUCUUCGUGGCAAAUGGUACACAAGGGAAGCUGACCUGCAAGUUCAAGUCUACUAAUAAGACUGGCGGGUUGACCUCAGUCACGUGGAGCUUCCAGCCAGAGGGGGCUGACACUACUGUGUCGUUUUUCCACUACUCCCAAGGGCAAGUGUACCUUGGGAAUUAUCCACCAUUUAAAGACAGAAUCAGCUGGGCUGGAGACCUUGACAAGAAAGAUGCAUCAAUCAACAUAGAAAAUAUGCAGUUUGUACACAAUGGCACCUAUAUUUGUGAUGUCAAAAACCCUCCUGACAUCGUUGUCCAGCCUGGACACAUUAGGCUCUAUGUCGUAGAAAAAGAGAAUUUGCCUGUGUUUCCAGUUUGGGUAGUGGUGGGCAUAGUUACUGCUGUGGUCCUAGGUCUCACUCUGCUCAUCAGCAUGAUUCUGGCUGUCCUCUAUAGAAGGAAAAACUCUAAACGGGAUUACACUGGCUGCAGUACAUCAGAGAGUUUGUCACCAGUUAAGCAGGCUCCUCGGAAGUCCCCCUCCGACACUGAGGGUCUUGUAAAGAGUCUGCCUUCGGGACCUCACCAGGGCCCAGUCAUAUAUGCACAGUUAGACCACUCCGGCGGACAUCACAGUGACAAGAUUAACAAGUCAGAGUCUGUGGUGUAUGCGGAUAUCCGAAAAAAUUAAGAGAAGACCUAGAACAUAUCCUCAGCAAGAAACAAGACCAAACUGGACUCUUGUGCAGAAAAUGUAGCCCAUUGCACAUGCAGCCUUGGAGACCCAGGCAAGGACAAGUACAUAUGUACUCACGGAGGGAGAGAAAGAUGUGUACAAAGGAUGCGUAUAAAUAUUCUAUUUAAUCUUCCUGAUGUGAGGAGCCAGUGUUGCAUGAUGAAAAGAUGAUAUGAUUCUACAUAUGUACCCAUUGUCUUGCUGUUUUUGUACUUUCUUUUCAGGUCAUUUACAAUUGGGAGAUUUCAGAAACAUUCCUUUCACCAUCAUUUAGAAAUGGUUUGCCUUAAUGGAGACAAUAGCAGAUCCUGUAGUAUUUGCAGUAGACAUGGCCUUUUAAUCUAAGGGCUUAAUCAGUCUUAGCAUUUAUUGUAGUUGGAGGAUGGAGAUGCUAUGAUGGAAGCAUACCCAGGAGCCUUUAACACAGUAUCAGUACCAUUUAUUUGUCUACAGCUUUUAAAAAAUAUCCAUUGGCUAUGCCACUUGAAAACAAUUUGAGAAGUUUGAUGUUUUUCUCACUAAAAUAUGGGGCAAUUUUUAGCCUUACAUGUUGUGUAGACUUACUUUAAGUUGCACCCUUGAAAUGUGUCAUCAAUUUCUGGAUUCAUAAUGCAAGAUUAGCAAAGGAUAAAUGCCGAAGGUCACUUCAUUCUAGAUACUGUUGGAUCAAUACUGAUUGAGUAGAAAAUCCAAGCUUUGCUUGAGAACUUUUGUAACAUGGAGAGUAAAAGGUAUCGGUUUUA